CGUCUCCCCACCCCUUGAGUCUCACUGGUGUUUAAGUUAUUAGUGUCACAGCUUCUGGGAGCCAGUGGUUCCUCCAACCUGUCUGUCUGUAAGGUCAUCUGCUUCAGCACAAUGAUACUGCCUAAGAAAAUGAGGCUCCUGCUGUUCCUGGUUUCCCAGAUGGCUAUCUUUGCUCUCUUCUUCCACUUGUAUGAGCACAGCUCCCCGUUUAGAAAGGAGGAGCCCAAGCCUGUGCAUGUGCUGGUCCUGUCUUCCUGGCGUUCUGGCUCUUCUUUUGUGGGGCAGCUUUUUGGGCAGCACCCAGAUGUCUUCUACCUAAUGGAGCCUGCCUGGCAUGUGUGGAUGACCUUCACCGAGAGCACUGCCUGGGGGCUGCACAUGGCCGUGCGGGAUCUACUGCGCUCUGUCUUCCUGUGUGACAUGAGUGUCUUUGAUGCCUACAUGAAACCAGGUCCCCGCAAACAGUCCAGUCUCUUCCAGUGGGAACAGAGCCGGGCCCUGUGUUCCCCACCUGCCUGUGACUUCUUCCCUCGGGGGGAGAUCACCUUCCAAGCUCACUGCAAGAUUCUGUGCAACAAACAGCCCUUCAACCUGGUGGAGAAGGCCUGCCGCUCCUACAGCCACGUGGUACUCAAGGAGGUGCGCUUCUUCAACCUGCGGCCCCUCUACCCACUGCUGAUAGACCCUUCCCUCAACCUGCACAUCGUGCACCUGGUCCGGGAUCCCCGGGCGGUGUUCCGUUCCCGAGAACACACCACAGCAGAACUCAUGAUUGACAGUCAUAUUGUGAUGGGACAGAACUUGAAAAACCUCAAAAAGGAAGACCAUCCAUACUACACGAUGCAAAUCAUCUGCAAAAGCCAACUGGACAUAUACAGGGCCAUCCAGUCCCUGCCCAAAGCCCUGCAGCAGCGCUACUUGCUCAUACGCUAUGAGGACCUGGUCCGCGCCCCACUGGCUGAGACUUCCCGGAUGUAUGAAUAUGUGGGGUUAAAAUUCUUGCCCCAUCUCCAGAAUUGGGUGCAUAACAUCACCCAGGGUAAGGGCAUGGGGGAGCAUGCCUUCCACACAAAUGCCAGGAAUGCCCUCAAUGUUUCCCAGGCUUGGCGCUGGUCCUUGCCUUAUGAAAAGGUUUCCCGACUUCAAGAAGUCUGUGGCGAUACCAUGGAUGUGCUGGGCUACCUCCAGGUCAGAUCCAAACAAGAGCAGAGCAACCUUUCCCUAGACCUUCUAUCUACCUGGAAACCCUCUGAGCGAGUCUACCAGAGUGAAGAAGGCUCUGUCCCCACCUGGUCCUAGCCUCAGCCACAUUCUCUGAAUGCUUCUGAGCCAUAACUGUGUCUCUGUAAUUGUGCACAUUGAGUAAGUUGUGCCCACACAUGCCUCAGCAGAGGAAUCUGUGUGCCAAUUCUCCUGUCUAGAAAAGAGACUCAGGGACUUUACGUGAGCAGCAUAUUCUGCCAAUGAAACAGAGGAUUGCCUCUCUUCUCUCCUUGAUCUUCCUAUCUGUGAAUACCUCAGAGACUUGGUGGCCUGGAGGCCUAUUAGACACCAAACAGUAUCAGUGGAAUAAAUCGAUAAACCUCCCUGUUCACAUC